AUGUCUCACAUAAAUACAGAAUAGUUUGGCGUUAUUAUAAGUGUUGGUACUCAACUAUAAAUACUUUAACUCAUAUAUGACUUACAAAAGUCUAGUAAAAACGAUUAAGAGUAGUUAUGGUUAUUGAUUUUCGAUAGGCUUACAACUGUGCAGAAAUGUAAAAAUUAUUAACUUUUAUUUAUCAUGCAUGCAUUGAAGAAAUUUUUCUUCAAAACUCAAUAAGUUGGUAUUAUACUUAUUAUGAUAAACAGAAAAUAUGUCUACUUAGUCUGUUUCGCUCUUGAUAGAAAUAAAUUAGCUUUUUGUAGUACUGAUAACUCAAUCCGUCUAUGGGAUGUAAAGACAGGAUAAGAAAUUAAAUCUUCUGAUAAAAAUUACAAAGAUAUUCUUGAAUAAUUUAAGAUUCCAUUUCAAUCACAUCGCCAUUUUUCCAAAGGUAGUAUUUAUUCCCUAUCAUAUUUUUAGCUUCCAAUUACAUCACUACACUCCUCAUAUCAUAAUCCGCAAUAUUCUAAGCAUAAGGAACACUUAUUUUGAAAGGAGAAUUUAUAAACCAUUAAGGAAAAGAUUUAAAACCUUUAUUCAAAUCUAAAGAAAGUUGCUUUUUACAAGACUUAGAGCGAAAAUGA